AUGCCAGACGAUUCAAAACAUAAACAAGCAGAUUUGAUACCUUUCAAUGAUAAUAUACCACAAAUGGACAAUUGUUCUUCUUCUCAAACCAACAAACAAAUUGAACUUGCUCAAAAUGUUUCAUACUCUAUUAGAUGCCAUUAUUAUCCAUCAGAUCCAUAUUUAUUUAUUGAUACUGUGUUAACACCUCAAAUAAUCAGAACUCUUGUUGAAAUAGGGCCUUGUCAACCUGGUCUUAAUAGUAAUAAUUAUGUUUUUGAAGAAAAUGAGUGUGGCAAAAAAUUUUCUCCCAACUGGUAUAACAAAAAUGUUAAAUCAGGAAUGAGCUGUAAAAGAAAUUGGUUAGUAUUUUCCCCAAAAGCUAACAAAAUGUUUUGUUUUCCUUGCUUUUUGUUUCGAUCUGUAUCUCAGCAUAGUUAUCAAUGGUCUAAUCCUAAUAAAGGUGUUUCUAAUUUCCGCAAAGGAAAUGAAAAAAUUAUUAAACAUGAAAAAUCCAAGGACCACAGAGAUGCAGAAAAUGAAUAUUUAAUUUUAAAAAGCAGAAUUUCAAAAGACAUUACAAUCCAACAAAAUUUAAUGAAAGUUCAAAAGUCUCAAAUAGAAUUGAAUCGAAGUGUAUUAAAACGAUUAAUUGAUCUAUCUUUAUUCCUUUCAACAAAUGGUCUUCCAUUUCGAGGACACAGAGAGGACAUUAAUCAGGAUACACAAAGUAAAGGACUUUUUAUUGAAAUAGUUAAACUUGUGUCAAAAUAUGAUGCUGUUCUAGCUAAACAUUUGGCCGAGUCAAACCGAAAUGAGGCAUACUUGAGUCCGAAAAUUCAAAAUGAUAUACUUAAAUAUUUGACAAUAGAUAUUGGAAGAAUUGAUCAGUUUUCUUUUAGCUUGAGGUUUGUAGAUCAACAAGGAGAUAUCAAAGAGCAUUUUCUGUGUUUUGAAGAACUACAUAAUGCAACUGCAAAUGAUAACUUUGUCAUUAUAAAAAAGUUUAUGGAAGAAUAUAAACUAGAUAUUUCUUUAUGCCGUGGUCAAGCCUAUGAUGGUGCCAAUACCAUGUCUGGACGAUUUUCUGGCCUGCAAUCUAAAAUAAAAGAUGUAUCACCAUUAGCACUAUAUAUUCAUUGUUGUGCACAUAAUUUAAAUUUGGUGCUUAUAGAUUCCAUUAGAUCAUCUAUAAAUGCAGUUUCAUUUUUCGAUAUUUCAUCUUUAAGAAAUGAAGAACAUUUUUUAAAAAUAAAAUGUAAUGCUACUGAAUUGUGUGGACAGUUUGGAGGCAACGAUAACUUUGAGCAAGGACGUAUAAGAACUAAGAAGAAAAUACAUGAUGAAGUAGAUAUAGAAGCGGAAUACCGUUCAUUUUGUUUGGUUUACCAUCAAGUAUAUGAUGAAGUUGAACCAUUAAAACUUAAUGAAGUAUUGAAGUUCAUGAUAUCCCGAGACAUGGUUUCUUCUUAUCCAAAUUUAUUUACUUUGUAUAAAAUAUUUUAUACUCUUCUAGUCAGCAGUGCAACUGCUGAAAGAAGUUUUAGCAGGCUUAAACUUCUCAAGACAUACCUUCGCUCAACUAUGACAGAAGACCGGCUAUCAAAUUUGGCAAUAUUAAGCAUAGAAAGCAACAUAGCUCAAACAAUAAAUUUUAAUAAAGUAAUAAGUACAUUUGCAUCAAUGAAAAAACGUAGAAAAUUAUUGUAA